UAUAAUUAUUAUUAUUAUUUACACAUUUAGACUGAUGUAUAUUACAUAUUGGUAGUGUGUUAGCCGAGCAAGAGGUGGCAUGCACAUACAUAAAUGAGUUGGACUUGGCAUGUGAGUGUAUUGUAAAUGUGCAGUCAGUUGCACACAUUAUAUUAACACACUUAUAUGAUCAGUAUAUAUAUAUAUAUAUUUGCGUUUGAUUUGUCAAGAGAGCAGAGGGAGCAUGUGGCCCUGGCGGGGUAAGGCCUAAUGAUGGCUCUGUGCAUCUCACACUAGGAGCUCAGGGAGGUGGCGGAGAAAGGUAUUCAAAUCCCAGGGUGUUUAAUCUGUACAGGGAGCAUUGAUAUAUCCAGAUAGUUUAAUCGUCCUUCUUGAUGAUUAAUAAGCCCACAACUUGGAAUGCAUUAUUAGACCAGUGGGAAUCAGAAGCAGCCUUCAAAAAAAAAAAAAAUCUGUGGCAAACAAAUCCUGUAAUCAAAAGGAAGCUGUUGCUGGCUCGAGCCAAAGAACCAAGAUCACUAUAGCAGCACACACACACACACACUCACACACACACACAGACAAACACACAGACAAACACACACACACACACCAAGGCGUAUAAAGGGAGUAUAGCCUGUAGACGGAUUCAAUAUUUGCACUUUACACCCUCCAUUCCAUUGGAAAGUGAUUUUAUUCCCCCCUCCUCCGGCAGAAAACUUGCCCACGGACAGAAGUGACGCUUGUAAACAACCAAGGGCUGCUGCUGAUGGACGAGUGAUUUGACCCGAUGUUUUUGACAUUUCUAUCCCCCCCAAAAAAACGGCCACACUCGUUCAUCACAGACAUUGUGCAGUCUUCAUCUUCACAGACACAUCUCCUCUCUGCUCCGGUCUGUUGAUGACAUUUUCCCGUCGCUCAACAGACGUUACAUUGUUCGAAGCCACGGAGGCCUUUUGUCUCUCUGCGUCCGGUUGGCAACGCCUCUUGGAAAAAACAGACUAAUACAUUAGCAUUUGAGCACUAUAGUCUGACGAGCCCGGGCUGCCGACCCACAGCACAGAUAAGGCACAGUCUUCUUAAAAUCUAGUCGAAAACCUCUUUGCAUUCAGUUACUGCAAGACUUGGAUUCAAGAAACAAUCCUUUUGGAUUAUCAGGAGCCUUGAUACUUUUUGAGGAUCCUCCUCAUCCAGCGAGAACAAAACAACACUCCUUUCGACAUGGCUGCAUCACACCUGCUGCUCCCCGCCCUGCUCUGCACGCUGUUCGUGCACCAGUGUCACGGGGCCUGUGCCGAGGUGGACUCCGACACGCAGGCGGUGGCGGGCAAGAACUUCAAACUGGGCUGCAUCUCCUGCAAGAGGAGGAGCGAGGUGGACGGCUCCGCCACCAUCGACUGGUACUUCAGGCCCAAAGGAGAAGCCGACUUUGUCCACAUCUACACCUACAACGAGGAUGGCCCCACCAUCGCGAGCGACCAAUUUCUGGACCGCCUGGAUUGGAUCGGGAGCAAGGCGAGCAACGACAUCCAAGAUGGCUCCAUACACCUGCUCAACGUCACCUUCAACGACACGGGCACCUACCGCUGCUUCUUCAACCGCAUCCUCUUCUACGAGUACUACGAGUACAGCACCGUCGUCAGCAAGGUGGUACACCUCAGUGUGGUGGCCAAAGCCAGCAGAGGAACCGCCUCCAUCGUGUCAGAGGUCAUGAUGUACGUGUCCAUCAUCGGCCUGCAGGUCUGGCUCCUCAUAGAGAUGAUCUACUGCUACAGGAAGAUAUCGGCGGCCGGGGAAGAAGCGCUACGAGAAGCAGCAAAUGCUGAGUAUUUAGCGAUCGCCUCUGAAAGUAAAGACAACUGUGCAGGGGUGCAGGUCGGAGAAUAGCACAGGCUUCUUCCAUGGUCUGAAAUCAUCCGUCCACCCUCUGACCUGCAUGAAGACAAACUGCGGAGAGAAAACUCCUCCUCACCUCUCGUCUCUGUUUCACCUUUUCCUUGACAAGCGUCAAAAAACGGUCGGACAAACAAAGAGAGCAUGGAGCCAGCACUGUGUAUAGUAUUCUGCGCGCCUAAGCAUGUCCUGCACUUAUACGAAAAAAAACCCCAUUAUGCAUUCAUGAGACACAUUGUCAAUAGCACACUCGAUACAUACAGUAUUUCUUAAAAAGCAUAUGUAGUCAUGCGUUUAUAGGACAUGUAAGUGGUACUGUGUGGUUUCUGGUGGGUUGUAAACCGGAGGGUUUUUACCAAAUCAUCAUCACCUAAUGUAUAAAUAAUGGGACACACAACAUGUACGGUUUAAAGUGUUUAUAAAAUAGAAAGUGAUGGAUGGCGAUAAACGGGGUCUUUCCAGUUGCUAGUUGUGCACUGAAAUGUUACAAUGUGCUAAUAAAAUCUGGGAAAAUG